AUGACAGCUACUACUUUUCCCUAUCAUAACUUGAUUACAAAUACACCAAAUUUUACAAAUCAAACGCCUACUACACCAGCACCUAAUUACGAUGAUGUUCCAUUAUUUUUGAGUAUUAUUUAUGGCUCUAUUGCUACAAUGUCGAUUGGAGCUAUCGUUGAUAGCUUAACCGGUAUAGUUAUGUUCUUUACACCAUCUUUAAUAAUUGGCAUACGUUAUUAUUCAUUUCCUACUGGAAUACCUGGUGGUGCCAUAUUUUGCCACUUGGUUGAUUCGUUCUUUAUUUUCUUCUCUCUUGGCAAUUUAUCUGUUAUGCUGGUUAUGCUAAUUAGUAUAGAACGUUGGGCAGCAGUUGUUCGAGCAACGAAGUAUAGCAAAUGGUUUGCUCUUCGUCGUGUUAAGAUAUGUAUUGGUAUUGUUAUUAUCCUCGUCAUAAUAUUAAAUUUAGAUAAUUUGUUAGGUAAGAUUUAUGUUCCUGGCGUAUUUCCACCUUGCGUGUGGAGUCCAAUAUUUCCCAAGCCAAGUCAAAACUUAACUUUAUUUACGGUCUUUGAAAUAACACGAUUAUUUCUACCAGUCCUUUUAAUUAUUUUAUGUUACGUCAAUAUUGCUAAAAAGACAUUAUUUUCACACAAAGUUGGAGGUUUAACCCAGGAGCAAAGUGCAAAAUAUAUUGCUCGUCGUCGUGUAACUACAAUGUGUUUCGUUUCUUCGGCGGCUUUGGUUGUCUGUUGGUUGCCCAAUGAAAUUUACUUCGUAAUGAUGAAUUUUGAGAUUAUCGAUUAUUCGUUUAUUGUCCAUGGUGUGACUAAAACUUUAGUUAUUUUUAAUUCGUGUAUCAAUCCAUUCAUUUAUGCUGCUACUAAUCGUGCGUAUCGUCGCAGCAUAUUCCAAUUUAUUACUCGUAAACAUAAUUAUUACAAGGCCAGAACUCAUCGGUUGACAUCAAUUGCAAAUACCAGUAAUCACUGA